CAGAAGAAUUAAAAAAUUGCCGUAAUCAUAAUCAAAAUUCAAAACAUAAAAAUAAACUAAAAGUGACCAGAACGCAAGCAACAAAUUACUAACUAAUCAGUUUCACGUCAUUUGACGUAACUUUUACUACCAACAAUUUUCAACCAAAAACACACACACUCAUCAACAACAACUUCGACUCAUCAUUGGCACCACGCGAGACUCGCAAAAACGUUCCAACACUGGUAAGCGUAGAAAGGAAUGCAGCGCUGUCCCUAUAUACAUGAGAUGCGAGAACGUUUACUGAACGAUCAGCCGCGAGAAUCAGUACCGUUACAACAAAUGGAGCGCGCAAAUCUACUAGACAAUCGACAAUCGGCUGAUUCGAAUCAGGUCGGCACAGUGGUCAAGCUGCAUGCCGAUGGCUAUCACACAAGUCCAGCACACCAGCGAACGCCGCUAGUGCCGCGCGAUCUGGGCGAGGACUUCAAUUUGGAUUUUGACGAUGACUUUCCGAUCGAUGCGCGUCGGCCAAAAAAUGCAAAGGUUUGCUAUUCAAUAAAGCCAAAUCCAAAUCGAAGCUUUCUACCAGCUAAAAUCACCGUGCAUGGCACAUAUCAAACUAACAUAAUAACCGGACCAAUUGAGCUAUGGACAUCGCUUUUCAUCGUCACCAGUUUGGUGUAUGCCAUCAUUUUGAUUGUUGUCUGCAUUGCCUAUGUGAUUAGCGAUGUGACAACCCACCGUCUGCCCGUGCUCUACUAUGAAACAUUCUUUACGUACUUGUAUGGCGUCAGCAUACUCUUCCUUUUGUAUGUAUUUUGCUUCCUGCUGCAGGAGAGUUCCUGCUGUAAUGGCGGCAGUAAACCGAAAUCACCACCAAAAGAGAAAAAAUCAAAGAAGAAAGUACCAGAUCCAGCCGAUUCGAAGGAUGCGAAGGGUUCCAAGGAUUCUGGCAAAAGCGGCAAACCGAGUCCAUAUCAGGAGCGCUAUCCGGUUAAGAAACGUGAUCUGGUGCGCCAGUCCUUGUCGCUACAGGAUUCACAAGCUGAAGCCGAGGUCGCUGUCACCACGAAGAAUGUACGCAAACGCAAGACAACCCACAGUGAUCCCACACACGGCAGCUUUUUCUUGCGUGUGGGCGCGAUUGCCUUUGGUUUGGGCGGCAUGAUCUACAUUGGACUGGAGUUUGGCUCUUUCUUCGAGAUUCCUUUCGAUUCACCGUGUCAUCACAUUUUGAUUGGCGUAAAUCCAUUGUUGCAGAUGAUAUUCACCUUUAUGCAGAUGUACUUCAUAUUCAUGAAUGCCAGACUCAAUAUCCAUCGUUUCAAGGUGAUUGCACGCUUUGGCCUCAUGCAUGUUGUGGCCACAAAUAUUUGCGUUUGGAUACGUACGUUGGUCAAGGAAUCACUACUCGAAAUCACACUUUAUCAUCAACGUCGUGAACCCGAUCCCGAAGCCUCGUCCAUUGCCAAGUCCAUACGUCAACAUGCACUACGUCAUGCUGGUACAGUUCUGCGCACCCACGCCGGUCCGAAUGAGGAAUUUGAGGUGCUGGACGGCGAGGAUUUACUGCCCGCCAAUGCCUACAAAACCGACAAUGUACUCUCGAAAUUGGUGCGCAAAACUGUUGAUGGCAUCUCCAAGUCGUUGGGCAUGGGCGCUGCUGCGGGCGCUAAUGCCAAUGCAGCGCUCACCACGCUGCUCACAUCCACCACCAAACCAUUGACCUCAACCAUCACCACCACCACCACUACCACUACUACCCAACGUCCCUAUUUCACCACACCAUCGUAUCAGUGGCAAAGCACUACUAUGGCACGCAAGUUGAAGAAGUUUAUCACGAGCACAACAGCUGCCACGACCACCACGUUGGGCACAACGCCUACCACACCGUCGACCACCACAAUGCUGGCGAGCAGCCCUAUUACCACCACGACAACAACAACUACGACCACUGAGACACCCUUCCGACAUCACUUUGAACACUCGGCAUUUACGACUGCUGCCCCAAGUGUCGCCACCGAUUAUCUGACGUCUUCUACACAUGGCCCGGCAGCCGACUUAGCUUCAACCACCGCCGAAUCAGUGUCCACCAGUUUUGGUACGGGCAUUGCUUCGUUCUUUAGUAAUUUAGUUUCGUCCACGCCUAGCACCACGGUUACCGCAAGCACACCCUCUACCACCACCGAGAAUGCAUUGAAUGUUAUGACUAACUUACUUGGUCCUGGCAUGAAUAACUUCCAAACCUAUUCGGAAAUCUCGCACCCUGAAUCGACUGGCAUUGUGAGCUUCGACAGUUUGGAGAGUCUCGAUAAUAUCUAUCCCGCCGCACUCUCCUCGAACAUUGGCACAUUGAAUUCGACCGCUUGCGGACGUGUCGAUAUUAUGGGUACUAUUGUCUACGACUCAGCACCCUUCCUGUAUCCCUUCAUUAUCGAAUACUCACUAAUCGGUGCGGUUGUUUUGUAUGUAAUGUGGAAGCAUAUUGGCCGCUAUCCGGGCCGCAUGAACGAUGAGGAUUUGGAGCAUCGUUUGGAAGUGAUGUUGUCACGUCGCGCUGUCGCUAUGGCUCAUCAGGCACGUUCGGGACGUGUCGAUUGUGUGGGUUCGUCAAAAGGGUUAUUCUUUGGUCUGUUGUUGUUGGUAGGUGCUUUGAUUUGCCUGAUACUCUUCUUCGUCUUGGUGCGUCAUCAGCAGUUCUCGCUGCUAGCAAUUUACCUUGCCGACGCAAGUCAUUGCAUACUCAUGGCCUUCGCUGUGCUCGCCAUAAUCAUCGGUUUUAUUAGAGUUAAAAAUCUGAAAUUCCGCUGCGAAGAGCAAUCCAAUCUCAAUGACAUUCUGCUACGCAUUUCCGCUUUCGGCCUCUUCACCUAUUCGAUAUUUGGCGUCAUCGCCGGCAGUUUGAAGGCGCUCGAAAGCGAACCGAAUCUUCUAGUCAUGACCACAAGCGCCGUCGCGGUAUUCCAGGUGAUCUUGCAAUUACUCUUCAUUGCUGAUGUUUCGCGUCGUCGCGUCCACUUGCCCGAGCAUGAUCGAAGCAAACCGGGCCGUCAAAUCGUCACAUUCCUGCUGAUCUGCAAUGUGGCUAUGUUUGCUAUUUACACAUUUGAAGCUCAAAAAGUAUUUGCCAAUCCUGUAAGUAGCUAUGUUCAACUUGACUUCUACGGCUUUGUGCCAUGGUCAAUAAUUCAACGCGUCACACUGCCACUCUGCAUUUUCCAUCGUUUCCAUAGCGCCGUAGCACUGGCUGAGAUCUGGAAGACAACGUACAAGGCACGUUUGGAGUAAGCAGUUGCCAAGGAAGCACCAAAGAGAAGCUAAAUACAUGUUAGAGCACAUCAAAAGAGAGGUGUAUGUAGUGCCCAGUGAACGAAACUGCCAAACUGCGAAAAAGGUACCAAAAAACACGAAGCAAAACCAUAAAAUAAACCAAAAGAGAAAUAAAGUGAAGUAAUUGGGGCGCAACGAAGGAGCAAGCAUAAGAGAAGAUUAAGAAAAAAUUGAAAGUAAUAAACAGAAUUAACAGUAAAAGCAGCAUAAAACAAUGAAAAUGUAUUAAAAAGUAAAUAUUUGCAAUAUGUAAGUGUGGAAGGAGAAAGAGAGCGUACAAGAGAAACGGCAAAAUGUAACCGUAAAACGUUUAAGUUUAACCUGCAGUUAAGCAUUUUGAAAAAAUGAACGGUUACGCGCAUACCACUCAUAUACACACAAAGCCACAUAUACAUGCAACACAAAACGAACAUAAAUUCAUACACUGAGCGAAAUAAUAGCAGAGUAAAAAGAAAAAGUAAUUGAAAAGCAGCAAAUGAAAUAAACGCAAAUUAAACGAUUAAGGCAAAUCAAUUUAUGCAUUGUCGUCUGACUUCGUGCAGACCAAAAGAGUUGUAUAUUUAAGUGUAAUGUUAAGAUUUUACUUAUUAAUUAUUACAAAGAAAAAAACUUUUGAAAAAAAAAACAAACACAUAACAAUUAUUAAUUAUGAAUUAUAGUUAAGCGAGUACAAUUUGUAGAUUUUCAUGAUAAAAUUUAAUUUUUAAGUCAAUGUAAUAUUUUAUUUAAUAUGCAUAAUAAACUGGAGGACAACAAAUUAACAACAACAACAGCAAAUAAUAAAAAUAAAAGUACUUUAAAUGCAAUUUGUUGUUUUGUAGGGAGUACAUCUUGAGAAAAAAACAUAAAUAAUUUUUUCUUAACAACAUUUUCCUUUACUGCUAGGCAGCCAAUGCGAUAUUUUUUAAGUGCUAAGUCAUAUUUAUAGAAUACGCCGUAGAAAAUGCGCGCCGCACGGCAAGCAGCGUACAGCAGAAAAGCAAUUAUUUGCGGCUGCGCGGUGAAUUAUUUAGUACUUAAUUAAAAAAUUAUUUGAUAAUUUAAAUUCUUAUGUAAAAAAUGAGUGUUGAUAUAAAAGAAAGGUAGAAGCAGCUGAAAAUUAAACACGUUAUAUAAUUUUAUGCUUUUUAUGCACUUUACAUUAUUGAGUUGU